UGUUUAUGCUGAGAGGGUUCGUCCCAACCUAAGAUCGUUUCCCAUUUCAUUCUUUCACAAGAACCCUAAUUCUUAUUUAUUUUCAAUUUCAAACUUUUCACUUGUUUUAUUUUUUCACCUUUUCCUUCUUCACUCAUCAAUCUCUUCUUCACUCUCAAAAUAAAAAAAAGCGAAAAAGCUUAGAAACCCUAAUCAUUAAUGGUUACCACUACCAAAUCUCUCAAUCAUCCCAAUCACCACUCUUCGGCUCCCUCGCAGAUGCAGUCCGAUGCCAACAGCCCCAAGUUCCCGCGAAAAAAUCUUCCUUCGCCCUGGGCUCAAGUGGUUCGCGGCGGAGAAUCGGAAUCCGGGCCUGGCAUUCAUCAAUCCCCGCCAUCAACGUCAUCCUCUACCUCAUCACUGAUUACGGACCAGGCCCUCUCGUCUGAUUGUUCUCCCAAGGUCAUUCCACCGUCGCCGGCAAUGGACAAUUCUAACACGGUUGGUGUUGCCGAUAGCUCGGAUGACGCCGAGGACAAUGCCGAUCGUUCUAAAAAACCCGUUUGGAAUAAACCCUCAAACGGCGUUGUCGUCGAAACUGGGCCGGUAAUGGGUGCUGAAUCGUGGCCCUCGUUGUCUGCCUCCACCAAAGGUUCUGCCAAAUUGCCAGCUGAAUCGUCCUCCAAGACUGUUGCUGAUGGAUCACUCUCAACUUCUCAGGCGCCAAUGACUUCACAGGCUCCUCAGAAACCCUCUAAUACUAAUCCAAAAGCUAAUCCUGCAACAAAUUAUAAUGUGCCUGUUAGACAAAGAUCGAUGAAGCGGGUAGGUGGCAGUGGCAUUGUGUCUGGUCCUUCCCAGAGCAACUUCUCCAAUCCUCCACCUCCACCGCCACCGCCACCAUUUCCUGUAUACCAUCUCCCACCAGUUAGCUAUGGUAUGGUAUCAAUGGUACCAGAGCCUGCUCCAAGAGAUCAUUACCGGAACAGUAAUUGGGACCCAAGACCAAUGGUGGGGGGUUUUGUGCCUGGAAUGAAUGAAUAUCGUGGUUCAUCUCACAGGAGUUAUUUUGGGCAUAGUCCCCGAGGAGAUGGUUCCUAUCAUAAUAGCUAUGGUAGCAGGCAUGAUCAAGAUCGCCGAAAUUAUGGGAAUACUAGAGACACUUUUGUACCUCAACCAAGGAUGCCUCCAAGAGGAUUACUGAGGCACCCACCUCCCAGCCCUGCUGCUUUUGUGGGCCAUCAGCCCAUUGGACCAUUUGCUAACCCCAUGGGUUUUUCUGAGUUUUAUUACUAUCAGCCAGUAACAAUGGACCAGUUUACUGGUAUGCCUUAUUUCACGCCCAGCCCUUCUCCUACAACAUUCUUUCCAGCUGCUGACUCUGCUCUCUCCAAUAUGAUACAACGCCAAAUUGAAUAUUACUUUAGUGAUGCUAAUUUGGUGAGAGACGAGUUUUUAAGGUCUAAAAUGGAUGAACAGGGUUGGGUUCCUGUUACUUUGAUAGCAGUCUUCCCUCGAGUUAAAAGUCUUACCACUAAUGUUCAGUUGAUACUGGAUUCUAUGAGAACUUCCACAAUAGUGGAGGUGCUGGGUGACAAGUUGAGAAGACAUAAUGACUGGAUGAAAUGGCUGUCUUCUAAAACACGGUCUGGAUCUACUUCCACUUCAUCGUCUCCCCGUGGAUCAAGAUCCAAUAACUUGACAGCUAAUUUUCAAGCUAUAACCCUGGAAGAAACUGCAGAGUCAUGCAGUCUGCCUCAACUCUCCAAUGGUGGUGCUACAGGAAGUAGCACUUAAACUGUAUUUAAAUAAUCUACUCAGACCAGAUUUCUUGACCUUUUUGGGCUCCAAUAUUCAAGCCUGUGGUCUUAGGUUGUUUUUUUUUUUUUGAGGUGAUGGGAAUAGAGACUGUGAUGGUUGAUUCUUUCAACAGUCUCGAUUUUGAUAGUAAUUUUGAGUGAAGUAGUGGAAGGAAAUAAGAAUUAUUCACAAUUGUUAUGGUAAAAAAAAGAGAAGAGAAAAACUGAUUAGAAAAAGAAACCUAAAUUUUUUUAUUGAGGCUGAUUUAACGGGAUUAUUGAUUUGUAUAGCUUAUAUUUAUUUUGUUGAACAUUGCCAAUUUUUUUAAUGAUUUAUGGUAGAAG